GCACGAGAGUUGCGUGUCUCCGAAGUCCAGCACGGCAGUGACGUCCCAGGAACCGUCCACAGGGUCGGGCCCUACCACCACGUUCUGAUCAUUGAAGUCGCCGUGUAUCAUACCUACGGGAGUACUACGGAGUUUAAAGCUUCGUCUAAUCGACUUGUGUCGUUGGAGGUGAACGGGGUCGACCUCGGGACUCGGUGAGGUCCGAUCGAACCAAGAGUGCAGAUCGAAACCCUGCUUACGAUUCGUGUCCGAUCGAUAUUCGCUGCGCCGGCGCGCGGGGUUAAAAGUGCGCCAUUGGAGGAGGGCAUUCGAUUCGUGUUUGUUUCACCGUAGCACACGGACACCCUCGGGCAGUGGCUGCACAAGGUAAAACAGUUACUACGACGGAGAACAGAAAACAACUUGGACUGAAUUUCUAAUUUGCGUAUGUCGAGGCGCGGUGUAUGCAAAUUGUUAAGAAAAUCUGGGCUGUUGUCAGAGGAAAUUAAAAAUCUGAAUGGAUCUGGAGAUCGGCGCAAUAUUGAAAUAUGAGUCCAGUAAUUACAUUUAUAAUAGCGUUUGUUGUCACAUCCAAUGCUCUGCCAUCAAAAAUUUCGGAUGUUAUGCAGGGUGGAGGAGAAGCAGUUGUAGAUGAUCUUAAAAUUGCUGAACACAAAAUUAUUGAAGAGUGGAACGAAAUAAGACGAGUUGCCAUGGACACGUGCAGGUGUACCAACUUUAACUGUGGUUGCUGUGCUCAUCUAGAGGAAAGUGAAAUUCAUCUGAACAGCACAAUUUGUGCUAAUGUGUCGUACUUGUCACAUGACUAUGGGAUAUCCAUCACAGUUACUGUGAAUGAUUAUACCAUUUUUAAUGAAACAGUUUCAGCUCGGAAUCCACCUCCUGUAUGCAUCGGGGUGCCGUAUGUUAAGGAAUACGCUGAUGCGUGCGUCAGAUUGUAUGACAUUGAUGCCACCACAACUCAUCUACAUGCUUGUGUCAGGGUGGAGGCCCGCAUGAAGAAAAUUCUGAUUGCUAAAUAUGAACUUGGUUGCUUCAACAUUGGACCUCCUGGAUUAAGCAGUGAGAUGGGUAAUGCUGGCAGUAUGGCAACAAGUAAUUCGAAACACAAAGAAAUUAAGCUUAAAGAACAUCAAACAUCUGAGGAAACUAAUGCUGCCAACUUUGUUACAUUUCUAAUACUAACUGUGACUGUUCUUACUGGGCUGACGGCAGUUGUAAUUUUGGGUGUAAUUGCGCUGACACGAAAGAAAGAGAGUCACUUCUUUGGAACAAGCCAUGUGAAGGGACUGGGCGGUGGAAUAGGCGGGACACAGGAUGGUGAAAAGGUGUAUUGCAAAGGUAAACAACUGUGGAAUUAUGGCUCACUGGCAACAUCAUAUGAUGAUGAUGAUUCAAAGUGUUGAUUCUGAUGAGGGUGAAUCCACUGGAACUAGUGAGAAGAGGAUUGAGGCAAAAUGCAAAUGAUAUAAAAGGACAUUUUGUUGCAUGGUCUUGCAUUUUUCAACAGACGUGACUGUUGCGGUCAAGAAUUGCGUAAUACAUUCUAACACUACAGCACUUGGUUCAGACGAAAAGAUUUUGUUAUGUCAGCUUAUUCUUAAUAUUAUGCAUAUUGAUGUAAUUUUUUAUUUUACCAAUAUGGAUAACCAGAGAGCCACCAAUACAUAUACAAUGUAUUCAAAGGUGCUAUUUGAUUUUUAGUAUGUGUUUUGACUUGAUGUCAUUGUUUGGAAACAAGCUUCGGUUUAAUUUGAUUGACAUGAUUCCUUUCAGAUUUGUUCUCACAAUAACAACACAUUAUUGGCAGAUAAAUAUAUUUGAUUGAUUUUGCCGUUAAAGUCAA